CUUCUUCUCAUCAGCACCCAAGAACAGAACAAUAGUACUCCAACGAGGAACCCGCGCAAGAUCCCACCACCAACCUUCGGCAGCGGCGCUAUAGGAGGCGGAGAAUGAGAGGUGGGCUGGGCCUUGGGUUCUCUUGCGGCUAAUGGUGGAGAGGCAGCUGCUGGUAUGGCAGGUUUUGGAGCAAGCAUUUUCGGUGUAGUCUCGACAGAACUUGAUGGCUGUGAUGUGAGCGGACGUGAAGAAACUGGCUUCAAGAAAUCGUCAGCAGUAGAUACUGCAGAGGCAGGAGCAGCGACUGGUGUCUUCGAUGAAGAGGAUUCUGGUUCAACAAUCGUAAUGGGCACUCUUCUUCGCGCUGGGUGAGGAGGUGGAUUAGGAACCGCAGCUUGUGACAAUGCUGUCCGUCGAGCCGAUUUCUAGUUCAUGAAUGAGGUCAAGGCUGAGACGUCACGAAUGCAACAAUAAACGGACUUCUCGCAGUUGCGCGUCCUUUUUCUUCAAAAGCUCUUCGGUCUUCACGAUCUUCCUGUUGACAUCUUGAUUUAUCGGGUCGAGCUUACUCGCUUGCUUUAGGUCUGCGCCAAUGGGUGUCCUGUUUGAUUCUAAACGUGCAAUGACAGAGAAAGCAUAUCAAAGACAUACCAGUCAGAGCUUCGCCAUACUUCUCCAAUGCUGCUCUCGCCUGUGCCCUCCUGAACCAAGCCUUCACAUUGUUCUGGUUUAACCCGAUAACUC